CAUCUCCUGCUCUCCUCACAGAAACCAAGAAAACCCCCACACCACAAUGCCGCUCGUCGGCGGCCGCUCCGCUCUCGUCCUCUUUGUCACCGCGGCCGUCCUUGUGGCCACUUCCGCGCCGGCGUGGAGUGCCGCACACAACAUCACCGCCAUCCUCUCCGGGCACCGCGACCUCACCGAGUUCAGCCGCGAGCUCACGGCGACCGGGCUCGCGGACGACAUCAACGGCCGGAACACGAUCACGGUCCUAGCCGUGGACGACGCGCACAUGGCGCCGCUGAAGGCGCGCGGCCUCCCGCGCGGGACGCUGCGGCACGUGCUCUCCCUCCACGUCCUCGUCGACUACUACGACGACGCCAAGCUGCACGGCCUCCCCGGCGGCUCCGCGGAUGUGUCGACCCUGUUCCAGGCCUCGGGCGACGCGCCCGGGAGCGCCGGCAUGGUGGAGAUCGCCGACCGCCGGGGCGGGCGCGUGGCCUUCGCUCCCCAGGACGCCGGCGCUGCUCGGGGCACCGCCGUGUUCUACGUGAAGGCCGUGCACCAGGCGCCGUACAACAUAUCGGUGCUGCAGGUGAGUGGUGUGAUGUCGUCCCCGGCGGCCGAGGCGCCCUCCUCGUCGUCGCCCGAGCCAAGCAGGCUCGACUUCUCGGACGUCAUGUCCAAGAAUGGGUGCGGGCGCUUCGCCGGCCUCAUCGCCGCCACGGCCGGGGCGUCCGCGGCGUUCGACAAGCACACCCGCGACGGCUUCACCUUCUUCUGCCCGGCGGACAAGGCGGUGGAGGCGUUCGAGCCGACGUUCGAGAAGCUCCGCGCCGACGCCCGGCUCGCGGUGGUGCUGUACCACGGCGCGCUGGGGCACUACUCCCCGCAGGCGCUCAGGGCAGGCCACGACGACCUGGCCACGCUGGCCUCGGACGACGCCGGCACCACGGUCGGCUUCGCGGUGCACAGCGCCGGCGGCAAGGUGACCCUGGUGUCCGCGACGCACAACGCGGCCAGGGUCACCCGCACGCUCGCGGACGCGGACCCCGUCGCCGUGUACAUGAUCGACGCGGUGCUGGUGCCGUUCAGCCUCACGGCGAACGCGUCGUCGCCGCCGGAUCUCGGCCCGUCCGAGUCCGAUGGGCGUUCGGGAAGAAAGGAUGGCGGAGAUGGCCGGAAGACGAGCGGCUCGGCUCCGGGCUGGCCACGGCGCGGAUGGGUCGCUUCGGCGCUCGUGUUCACUAAUCUGCUGACAGCAUUUGCGUCUGGCUGAGUGAUCGCCUGAUCGUUUGGUUCGCCGUCAAUUGUUACUGCUAGGUUGUGUGUGUGUGUGUGUGUGUGAACUGUGAUUCUGGGAACCAUGUCUCUGCUUGAGUUUUCGUGGACUGUGUUAGUUUCAUUGGGG